GGCGCGAACGUACGGGUCGUGUCAGCAAGUUCGUCCUUCUUCCUUUUUAUCCUGUCCUUGAGGGCCUCGGCAUCUCGCCGAGCGAUCUGGAUCUUCUGCUGAAUGGAUUCAGCACUCAUGUCCGCCAUCGUGCCGUGCUAUAAGGGUAGGGAGAGGGAGUUAAGAGUGUGUUGAAACGCGGCGCGACGAAGACGCAGGUUGGCAAGCAGGAUCCAGGGGGCAACGCAGGGAGCGCGGGCUGCGGGAUGCGGCAAGCGAGGCUGGAACCAGGAGGCAGGACUCGCAAUGGACGACACGAGACGGCGCGAGCAGCAGCAAUUGCUCGCUCGAGGGACGUCGUAGAGGCAGCUACAGACGGACAAAGUGGCGAGGAGAGUCGGGAGAGAUGGCAGAAGGGUGUGUUGCUGGAGAACGGGAGAGAUGCGAGAGUCGCCGGGAGCUGGGGAGCUUCUUGGCUGGGGUUCGGCCUAGCCGAGAACGGCAAGCUGGCAGUUUUGGGACUAGCGCUCGCGCCGCUAGAACUGUGCUGGAGACGGAGGAAGGGUGAAGAAAAGGGAUGCAGAUGCAGAGCAGAGAGAGACAAGCAGAGCGGGACGGGUUCGCAGCAGCGGGACUGGAAAAGCAAAAGGCGAAGGGUGAACUGGAGGGGGUCUCAGGGGAGGGAGGCGAUAACAGAUGCGAGAAAGAGGAGGCGCACAGGACGACGAAGAGGGUGUGGUGAGGGUCGCCGCAGGAGGAGCCCCGAAAAUGUGCCUGCCCAGGUGGUUCCGUAAUCACACUUUGCGCUACAGACUGCAAUCUUCGAGAAGGCUUUUGCCAGGUUUGAUUGGCUGCCAUCUCGGCUAGCAAUUCACUGCCAACUGCCCCAAGGUGGGACAAGCUCCCGCCCUCCGCCGCGCCAAACCUUUCUCUGCUCCCUCUGCUCCCUUUGCUCACUGCCCGCCAAGCCAAUAAUCCACCGCCUCAGCAGUCCGGCCCAUGGUCGCCGCGUUUGCUGCAUACAUACUUGUAUGUCAGGCAAAAUCAACGAGAAUUCAAAUAUGUAUUAUGUGUGAAUGCUCAAGCCGUUCAGACGGGACUCGC